CCAAAGGCGGGGCGGCUACUGGGGUUUAUCUGUGUUGCACACACACACACACACACACACACACACGAUUUCUACUGAAGAAGGGAGGGGAGGAGAAAACAUGUAGGAAGUAAAGUUGAAAGUAUUAGGUCUGUUCACAGACUACAUUUUAAAGUCGACAGAGCAGAAGGAGGAAAACAGCAAGUCUGAGGCAGGUGUUACUGGUUUACCUCCCAGACUUGUCAGAAGAGGAGGACGGAGUAGAGUAUCUAAUAGCCAGCAGUCUGUUUAUGAAGAGUGACCGGUCUAAAGAUGAUCCUCCAGACUUCAAUAAUGAACCCGGACCCUCAGACACAAAAACAAAAAAAGACACAAGAAUGCACUUUGAGACAAGACCAUCAUUUUCAGACACUCUCGGUUGACAGCUUUCACACCAGCGUUAACAAGCCAAUAAAAACACAUAAAGACACCAGAGUUCAUUGAACCAUAACAAACAGAGAGCCAAGAUGAUGAGGAGUGACCUCCUCAACAUUCUGGAUGAUUUAAGAGACAAUGAAUUUGACAACUUCAAGUGGCACCUGAAGGAUGAAAAGGUGGGUGACAUCCCACCCAUCAAAGAGAACCCGUUGUCGAAGGCAGAGAGGCGGGACACGGUGGAUCUGAUGGUGCAGAAAUAUGAAUUUGCUGGAGCUGUGGAAGUGCUCAAAAGCAUUUUAAAGAAGAUCAGCAGGAAUGAUCUGGUGAGGAAGUUGCCAAACAUCGGCUCAGGAGCAGAAGCAGAAAGUGGUCUGCAGGAGAUUUUAGCUCUAUAUAAGCUCAGUCUGAGGAUGAGAUUACAAAAUGUGUCUGAAGGAACUGAUGAAGAAGGAAAUGAAACCCUCCUCAACAGUAUCUACACUGAGCUCUACAUCACAGAGGGACAGUGUAAAGAGGUUAAUACCCAGCAUGAGGUGUGGCAGCUUGAGAAAGCUUCCAAGAUGGUGACCCUCCGUGAUACUCCAAUCAAUUGCCACGACAUCUUUAAAGCCUUACCUGACCAACAGAAACGCAUCAUCAGAGUCGUUCUGACGAAUGGUGUCGCUGGCAUUGGAAAAACCUUCUCAGUGCAGAAGUUCACUCUGGACUGGGCAGAGGGCUCGGAAAACCAAGAUGUCACUCUGGUGAUUCUGCUUUCGUUCAGGGAGCUGAACUUUAUCAAAGAUGAGCAGUACAGUCUUCUCAUGUUGAUCCAUGAUUUCUAUCCAACAUUACAGAGGGUCACAGCUGAGAAGUUUGCUGACUGUAAAGUUUUGUUCAUCUUUGACGGCCUUGAUGAAAGCAGACUUUCAUUAGAUUUCAAUAACAGGAAUGUUGUGUCUGAUGUCACACAGAAGACAUCAGUCAACGUGCUGUUGACAAACCUCUUCAAGGGGAAUCUGCUUCCUUUGGCUCUUGUCUGGAUAACUUCUCGACCUGCAGCAGCCAAUCAGAUCCCUCUGACAUGUGUUCAAAGGGUAACAGAAGUACGAGGCUUCACUGAUGCCCAGAAGGAGGAGUAUUUCAGGAGGCGAUUAAGUGAGAAAGAGAUGUCCAGCAGAAUCAUCUCACACAUCAAGAAAUCCAGGAUUCUCUACAUCAUGUGUCACAUCCCAGUCUUCUGCUGGAUUACUGCUACAGUUCUGGAGCACAUGUGGGCUACAGACCAGAAAGGGGAGCUGCCCAAGACUCUGACUGACAUGUACUCACACUUCCUGCUGGUUCAGACAAAGAGGAAGAAGCACAAGUAUGAAGAGGGACAUGAGUCAAGUCCACAAGUUCAGACACAGAGUAAGAAGUAUGAAGAGGGACAUGAGACAAGUCCACAAGAGCUGACAGAGGCUGACAGGGAAUUUCUUCUGAAGCUGGGUAGGCUGGCGUUUGAACAUCUGGAGAAAGGAAACAUCAUGUUCUACCAAAAAGACCUGGAGCAGUGUGGUCUAGAUGUCACAGAGGCCUCUGUGUUCUCAGGAUUUUGUACAAAGAUCCUCAAAAGAGAAUAUGGGAUCUACCAGAAAACAGUCUACUGCUUUGUUCAUCUGAGCGUUCAGGAGUUUCUCGCUGCAGUCUACAUGUACCACUGUUACACCAACAGCAACACAGAGAUACUGGAGCAGUUCCUGGGGACAAAAUACAGUGACUUAUCACCCAAUGUGUUCCUGAUGGGAGCCAUGGAGAAAUCUCUCAAAAGUAAAAAUGGCCACCUGGACCUGUUUGUUCGCUUCCUCCAUGGCCUCUCUCUUGAGUCCAACCAGAGUCUCUUAGGAGGCCUGCUGGGUCGGACAGAGAACAGUCCUGCAAUCAUCCAGAGAGCCAUCAACAACCUGAAGAAGAUCUAUACUCAUGAUAUCUCUCCUGACAGAAGUAUCAACAUCUUCCACUGUCUGAUGGAGAUGAACGACCACUCAGUACAUAAGGAGAUCCAAGAGUUCCUGAAGUCAGAGAACAGAUCAGAGAAGGAACUCUCUGAUAUCCACUGCUCAGCUCUGGCCUACAUGCUGCAGAUGUCAGAGGAGGUUCUGGAUGAAUUGGACCUGAAGAAGUACAACACAUCAGAGGAGGGACAACGGAGACUGAUCCCAGCUGUGAGGAACUGCAGAAAGGCUCAACUUUCUGACUGUGGACUCUCAAAGACUCACUGUGAUGUUGUGGCCUCAGCUCUGAAGUCCAACCCCUCGCAUCUGAGAGAGCUGCAGCUGGGUGGAAAUGAGCUGCAGGAUUCAGGAGUGAAGCUGCUGUCUGCUGGACUGGAGAGUCCAAACUGUAGACUGGCAGCUCUGGGAUUGGAAGACUGCAGUUUGUCAGAGAUCAGCUGUUCUUCAUUGGCCUCAGCUCUGAAGUCCAACCCUUCCCAUCUAAGAGAACUGGAGCUGAGUGACAACAAGCUGCAGGAUUCAGGAGUGAAACUGCUGUGUGAUUUUCUGGAGAGACCACACUGUAAACUGGAGACUCUAAGAUUGAGGGGCUGCAGUUUGUCAGAGAUCAGUUUUGCUUCUCUGGCUUCAACUCUGAAGUCCAACCCCUCCCAUCUGAGAGAACUGGAUCUAAACUUCAACAAGCUUCAGGCUUCAGGAGUGAAGCUGCUGUGUGAUUUUCUAGAGAGUCCACACUGUAGACUGGAGACUCUAAGAUUGAGGGGCUGCAGUUUGUCAGAGAUCAGCUGUGCGUCCCUGGCCUCAGCUCUGAAGUCCAACCCCUCCCAUCUGAAAGAGCUGGAUCUAAGCUGCAACGAACCGCAAGAUUCAGGAGUUAAGCUGCUGUGUGAUUUUCUGGAGAUUCCACAAUGUAGACUGGAGACUCUGAGACUGAAUCUCUGCAGUUUGUCAGAGAUCAGUUGUGCUUCUCUGGCCUCAGCUCUGAAGUCCAACCCCUCCCAUCUGAGAGAACUGGAGUUGAGUGACAACAAGCUACAUGAUUCAGGAGUGAAGCUGCUGUGUGAUUUUCUAGCGAGUCCACACUGUAGACUGGAGACGCUGAGAUUGAGGUUCUGCACAUUGUCAGAGAUCAGCUGUGUUUCUCUGGCCUCAGCUCUGAAGUCCAACCCCUCCCAUCUCAGAGAGCUGGAGAUGUGGAUCAACACACUGCAGGAUUCAGGAGUGAAACAGCUGUAUGAUCUUAAGGAGAGUCCACACUGUAGACUGGAGACUCUGAGAUUGAGUCUCUGCAUUUUGUCAGAGAUCAGCUGUGCUUCUCUGGCCACAGUUCUGAAGUCUAACCCCUCCCUUUUGAAAAAGCUGCAUGUGAGUGACAACAGUGAGCUGCAUGAUUCAAGAGUGAAGCUGCUGUGUGAUUUUCUGGAGAGUCCACAAUGUAGACUGGAGACCCUGAGAUUCAGUGGCUGCAGUUUGUCAGAGAUCAGCUGGGCUUCUUUGGCCUCAGCUCUGAAGUCCAAUCCCUCCCAUCUGAGAGAGCUGGAUCUGAAUGAAAACAAGCUUCAGAAUUCAGGAGUGAAGCUGCUGUGUGAUUUUCUGGAGAGUCCACACUGUAGAUUGGAGACUCUGAGAUUGGAAGACUGCAGUUUGUCAGAGAUCAGCUGUUCUUCUCUGGCCUCAGCUCUGAAGUCCAACCCCUCCCAUCUGAGAGAGCUGGAGUUGAGUGACAACAAGCUUCAGGAUUCAGGAGUGAAGCUGCUGUGUGAUUUUCUGGAGAGUCCGCAAUGUAGACUGCAGACUCUGGGAUUGAGUCACUGCAGUUUGUCGGAGAUCAGCUGUGCUUCUCUGGCCUCAGCUCUGAAGUCCAAUCCCUCCCAUUUGAGAGAGCUGUGGUUGAGUGACAACAUUCUGCAGGAUUCAGGAGUGAAGCUGCUGUGUGGUUUUCUGGAGAGUCCACACUGUAGACUGCAGACUCUGGGGUUAGUUAACUGA